AUGCGUGUGACGAGUAAAAGAUCGCGAGGAGGUUGCAGGAACUGCAAGAGAUCGAAGAUAAAAUGCGAUGAGAGGAAGCCAAAAUGCGGCCAUUGUAUAAGGAAAGGAAAAGAUGAUUGCACAUAUUCUUUAGCUUUGAGGUGGGGCAACAACCCUUCUAGAAGCCUAAAGACUAGAAAAGGUGAUUCUAAAACAACGCUUUUGAGAGAUGCUAUCAACGUUACAAGUUCAAGAGAUCCUCAUUCAAGCUCAGCGACUGUCAACUUCCCGUCUCUCGUUCCCGCCGAGGCGGGCAUUGAACAACUACUCUGGCCAACUGGGCACGAGCUUCUCAGCAGUCCAGGUGUUAGUUACAGACCCCAAAGUUUUAAAGAAUCUUUUUUGCAGGCUCCUUUGAGCCCGUUUUCUUUCGACUCGCCCUUUAGUGGCCAUAGUGAAAGGCCCAUCAACUCAGGCCUUGCAGAACCGGGAACUCUUGAACUUUCACACCCGUCCCCUAGUAUUCUUUCAAACUCCCCGUAUUUCUCUGAAUUGUUUGGAUUCUUUUUGAGAGAAACUUCCCGACUAUUAGUUCCGGUGCCAUCUUAUGCUUAUCGAUCAAAUCCAUUUCACACGUUAAUACCACAAAUGGCGAUGCAGAGUCCGGCAUUGAUGGGGCUGAUUUUGGCUUUUGGCGCCAAUCAUCGAAACAAGAUGACAGCAUACCAGGAGCAGUGCUCUUUCCCGUCUCUGGAUGAAAAAAGCUCUGCGAAAAACAUCGAUGGCCUGCUAGCUGAUGAACUCUUGAGUAGUACGAUCAGUCAGCUUCUUGUUAAACUAAUGAACGCAGAGGAAAGACGCAGCGAUACUACCUUAGCAACCAUAUUGAUGCUUGCGGGCUUUGACAUCUUUUUUUGUGAUACACGAAAUAAGUGGCGGGCUCACAUACUAGGCGCUAAGAAACUUCUCAUGGAUAGGCUCAAUUCGAAAUCAGGUACAAAAACUAUGAUUUUCAAGAUACCAUCAGCAAAUAACGUUUUGGAUACAGAAACGUUUCUCGUCCACUGGUUUUCGUAUCUUAAUAUUAUUGCUUCUUUAUCGUCAGCGAGUCCUAAAAACUCGACCGAAGCUUCUCGAGGGGUGGGCUACGAGUUUUGCUACGAAGACAACAGCGCACACACUCAUGAACUAAGGCUUCAGCUGAGAGACAUAGACUAUUUCACCGGCGUAGAUACAAAAAUUUUGUCUUUGUUGGCUGGCGUGUCUUGUCUAAUCGAAGAAAAAAAAGUCAUAGAGCAGCCGUUCGGUAUCCACAAUUUAGUUCUUAAAGCACUAGAGCUUGACCAUGAAAUAAGGAGCUACCUUGAAGCUUCUGAAGCAGCCAGGGAUCGAGUUGAAUCCCAACUUCUUGGUGAAGAUGCUUCCUCUGAUACAAAGCUUAGAUUCCAAACCUAUAAAACCAUGCGGGCUACAAACCUAAUUUUUGGACUGACAGGAGUACUACAAUUGAAAAGAAGAGUAAUAGGCAUACCACAUAAUAGCAAAAUUCUCAAGGAUUUACUAGCGGAAGUUACUGCCUUAAUUGAUAAAGAAAUUCCUCAUAAUUCAUCAGCUGCGUCUUGCAUUACAUUUUGCCUUUUCUGCUGUGGCUGCGAACUAAUAGAUGAUAAUCUUGCUUGUCAUCGCGAAACAUACACUGAACACAUAGAAGCCUUAUUACGGAAGGGGGUGACUAGCGCUCUUCAAGCACAAAGCAUCAUGAAGGAGUGUUGGAGAGAGAAGAAAUGUUGGUGGGAAAUCUUGGAAGAGAAAAAUCUAGAUCUAGCAUUCGCGAUUUGA